GAAUUUCGGGUAAACGUUUUGGGUGAAGGAAGGUGAAAGGCAGAAAACGAGAGUCCGAGACGCAAGAUAUUCUUCUCGUACCCCUCUAUAAUUUCUCGGAUUCUCCAUCUCUGAACGCGAGUUAAGAACUCUGUUGGAAAAACCCAGGAAAAAAGUCGGCGCCUUUGUUGGGGUUUAUCUCGUGAAUACCAGUCAGAUAGUUCGAUGGAUUCUCAGGUGAUCGUGGCGCUUGGGCUGUCUCUUGUGGGUGGAUUGAGCACUUCGAUUGGUGCUCUUUUUGUGAUUCUUAGUCAGACUCCCAAUAUGAAGAUGCUUGGGCUUCUACAGGGGUUUGCUGCAGGUUUGAUGCUGAGCAUUUCAUUCCUGGAUUUGGCUCAUAAUGCUAUAAACUCUAUCGGGUUCUUAAGAGGCAAUCUCUGGUUUUUCGGAGGUGUGAUAUUUUUUGCAUGUGUUGCUAAAUUCAUCCCUGAACCAACCGUUGGUCCUACAACAGACGUGAAAAAAAGAAAGAAAAAUGGGGAUGAGGGGGGCAAAGACAUGAUGAAGAAGCAACGUCGGCAAGUCUUAUUUAGUGGGAUAGUUACUGCUAUAGGCAUAAGUUUGCACAAUUUUCCCGAAGGGAUGGCAGUGUUUCUUGGAUCGAUUAAGGGUAUGAGAGUUGGUGUCAAUCUGGCUUUGGCGAUUGCUUUGCAUAACAUUCCAGAGGGUGUUGCAGUUGCACUUCCUGUUUAUUUCGCUACCGAAAGCAAGUGGCAGGCGUUCAAAUUGGCAACACUCUCUGGUUUAGCUGAGCCUCUUGGCGUAAUUAUAGUAGCUUAUCUGUUUCCGAGCAGCUUGAGUCCAGAAAUCCUCGAAGGCUUGUUGGGAUCGGUUGGUGGAGUCAUGGCGUUCCUCACGCUGCAUGAAAUGCUCCCUCUAGCGUUCGAUUAUGCGGGUCAGAAACAGGCGGUUAAGGCUGUCUUUCUCGGCAUGGCUUGUAUGUCUGCAAGCCUAUAUUUUCUAGAGCUAAGCUUACCUGAAACGAUGAGCUUGUGAGGAGAUGACCCACCAUGAACGACAAUCAGUUGACAGUAAAUUAUUUGUAACCUGUAAAGAUUGGAUUUAAAAAGGAAGGGGCUAACUCUAUCGAAUCUGUCAAUAAUUUCUAGAUGAAUUAAAUUCCUUAAUCAUUUGAA